CCCGCCAAGUAGCAGACGCGAUGAUAAUGAAAGUCAGCAGACCCGGUGUGUUUAAUGUUUCAAUCUUAUCCAAGUCUACGAUAACAAGAGAAGAAUACUUUAUUGCUGUCUGUUGCUGCUGGCACUUGUUGUCAGCACGGCCUCUUAUUCUAGUAUUUCGUUGUUCUUGUAUACUGCCAUACCACUCGAAACUCCUCUCCCUCAAUGACAGCUGCCAUUAACACGACCGUCGUCUCUGCACCAGGCAAGGUUCUCAUGACUGGUGGGUAUCUGGUUCUUGACCAAGCCUACCGAGGACUUGUGGUUGGCACCACUGCGCGAUUCUAUACCGCCAUUCAGCCAAUUCAAGAUGAACAAGGCACCAUUGAAGUUCGAUCGCCACAAUUCGACGUUGAUGCCAGCUGGUCUUAUACGGCCAGCGUUGAAGAUGGCAAACUUCACUUCUCUGCUCGACCUGGCUCGUCGCAAAACAAGUUUGUCGAAACCUGUUUAAAGUUCACACUUGAAGUGAUCUACCAACGUACAGGCACCCUUUUCACAUCAAAUGGUGGUCUUUCAAUAACCAUCGUUGGUGAUAACGACUUUUACUCACAACGAGCUCAGCUUGAAUCAAGAAAGUUACCAAAUACAGCAGAAUCAUUAGCAUCGUUGGAACCCUUCUGUAGCACCCACGCCACGCUCAAGACAGUACACAAGACAGGCUUAGGCAGCUCUGCAGCAUUAACCACUUCUUUGGUGACAGCUUUGUUUGUUCAUCUGUCCGCUUCCGAUUUGGAACAGGAUCGUACAUUAAUCCACAAUGUGGCCCAGUAUGUCCAUUGCUUUGCACAGGGAAAAGUUGGUAGUGGAUUCGAUGUUUCUGCCGCAGUCUAUGGUAACCAUCGCUACACCCGUUUCAAGCCUGAUGUGCUUUCUCCUGUCAUGAACGACCAGGUGGACCCGAAACAAUUGCUCAAAGCGCUUGAUCCUGCAACUGGAAGCUGGGAUAAUGCUGUGGUUCCUUUCCAGUUGCCACCAGGGUUAGAAUUACUACUUGCAGAUGUGGAUGCUGGAAGUCAUACCCCAACUUUGGUUAGCAAAGUUCUUGCAUGGAGAAAAUUGAAUCCUACUGAAGCCAACCAAUUAUGGGAUCAACUUGGUGGCAUGAACGCCAAUGUGGAACAACAUUUACGCAACUUGACCAGUGCUGCUGAAUCAGACCCCGAAGCGUACAAACAAGCUAUCGUGGAAUGUGCUGCAUUGAAAGCGUCUGAGUGGCACACAGUAGCCAACAAGUCGUCAAUAAUGCAAGAGUUCGCACAAUUGGCAGCCGAUUUCGGUCAAAUUCGCGCAUACUUGCAGAAAAUGAGCGAAUCUUCCCAAGUACCGAUUGAGCCUGCAGAGCAAACACGUUUAUUGGACGCGUGCAUGGAUGUCGAAGGUGUUGCCUUGGCAGGCGUUCCUGGUGCUGGUGGCUAUGAUGCUAUCUAUUGCAUUGUUCUUUCUGAAAAGGCAAAAGAAUCAGUGCGAAAAGUAUGGUCAUCUUGGACUGAAAUGAGCGUCGGUCCAUUGUUGGCUCAAGCUGACAACAAGGGUAUUGCCAAGGCUUCAGUGAACUCGGUGAACGGAUUAGCACGAUUCUUGUAAAUACAAUAUCCAAAGAAAGUUGAAUUUCCUUUGUUUUGUUUUCACACUUUUCUUUACCAUAUUAAAAAGCUUAAUAAUAUUUAUAUUUGAUGAUUACUAUGAAAU